AUGACUGCCGUCGCAAAUCCUCCAACGUUUCCGCAGAUCUCCCGGCCGCCAUGGGGCACUAUUAAUGGCAACAACCAGAUGAAUUCAGAGGAUGUCAGAGGCAUGUUCAUGACCCGCAAGAGUCUUUCGCGAACCAACUCAUCCUCGUCCAUCUCCUCAAACGCCUCCAAUACGACUGUUGCGACGAAUGGCUCUCACUCCAAUGCCACAUCGCUGUCAUCAGCUUCAGAUUUGAGCCAGUGGUCGAAUGGCAGUGCAAGCAGAAAGAGGCCCCAACAAAAGAACCCUUGGCCGACUGGUAAAGAAAACGUGCAGCCAGAUUUCUCGAGGCUUCCUCAGGGAAGACCCAACGGCAUGGUGCCGCCCCACGGCGCCAUGCAACAAGGCGGACCGGGACAGCCUCAAAUGGGGCCCCAGGGAAUGAUGCGACCCAUGGGGCCCAACGAGCAGCAGUUUCCUCCCGGUCAGCCUAUGCUCUACCUAUUGUCCUUGAACGGCACCUUUGAGCGCAAGACGAUCGCAGUGCCAUUUGCCCCCGAUUCCAUACGAAUCGGUCGGCAGACGAACCAAAAGACGGUGCCGACUGCCACGAAUGGCUUCUUCGAUAGUAAAGUGCUAUCGCGGCAGCAUGCGGAGAUAUUUGCCGAACGAAACGGUAAAAUCUACAUUCGAGAUGUAAAAUCAUCCAACGGCACCUUUGUCAACGGCACACGACUGUCCCAGGAGAAUCGUGAAUCCGAGCCCCACGAACUCCAGACUGCCGACCAUCUGGAGCUCGGCAUUGACAUCGUCAGCGAAGAUCAGAAAACUGUCGUUCACCACAAGGUGGCCGCGAAAAUCGAACACGCCGGGUUUUUGAAUACGUCAAACAACGUUUUGGAUAUGAACUUUGGGGACCUGGACCCUGCUAACAACGCCAUGAUGAUUCCAGCCGGAGCCAUGCAGAUGCGAGGCCGUGCUGGAAGCAAUAUGUCCAUGGGCAACAACGGUCGUAUGCUGGUUAACGGCGGUACUAUGAAUGGUCAUAUGAACGGAAUGGCGCAGCAACGUCCCUUCUUCUUAACACCUAUCGCUACGGAUCAGAUCCUAAAGCGUCUUUCUAAUGAAAUGAGAAGCGCCAAACUCCAGGCUCAGGAUUUGAAUCGCACGAACCAGUUCAUCAACACAUUAUUAUCGAAAGAUGAUCUGAAGGACGUCGAAAAAUCCGAAGCCCCCGAACAACAAAAGCCCCAGACUAUGGUCAACGGCAAUAGUCUGUCCUUUAGAUCAGAUCCUAAAGCGCGCUUCUCAGAUCCUCCUGCGCCUCCACCCCAGCAGCCUCUUCCCGAAAAGCCAGACGUGCCCUCUCUUAAACGAGGCUCCUUGGAGAGACCAAAGUCAGACUCGGCAAACUCAUCGCCAAUUCGCCAAGAAAACCUGAGCCAAAUCAUUCAGCUCACUGAAGCGCUCAAUAAUGCGAAGCGAGAUAUUGAUACCCAGACAGCGCGUAUGCGGGAGCUAGAAAUGAUGCUUCAGAAGGAGCGGGAAGCGCGUGAGUUGGCAGAGGAGCUGGCUAGGCGACUGGAGGAGUCGGCCAACAACACCCAGGUCAACGGCGUUGAAUCUCACGAAGAGCCUGGUGAAGCCCAAAAAUCAACACAGGUUGUGGAUGAUGCAGAUGAGACGAGAACGGUGUUGCCAGAGGCGGAGGAGGUAUCACAGGCCGACAAGGUUGCCCAGGAGACUGCGGCAGCACUACAAUCUCGCAUCGACACCAUGGAUGAACAGAUGCGGGAGCUGCGAAUGCAGAUGGAAGAGUGGAGGAGCCGAUGCGAGGCUGCCGAAACGGAGCGCGAUUCCGGCAGAAAAACUCUUGAAGAAAUGGUCAUCCAGCUCCGGGAGGAGGAGACCAAGCGGGUCGCGGCCGAAGAACGACGACGAUCUCGUUCAAGAACACUCCGUAACGAACGAGACGGAGAAGCGCAAGAUGUUGUUGCAUCUGCCACUCCUGAAGUUGCCAAACUGGCACUUAAGCAGGAGAGAUCUCUGACGAACUCCAGCCAGGAUUCGGCAGACGCCCCAACUUUAUCGAGGGCCAAUACGAUUACGCCUCAAACCUCGCCGAGAGGAGGCCCUCUAAAUAGCCAGCACCUGCGAGCUGGCAUCCCCUACGCCUCAAUGAUUGGCGUGGUGCUGCUUGGUAUGGGGUUGAUGGCGUACAUGAAUGGAUGGCAGUCAUCCCCGUCCCAAGCU